AUGUACACGGCCUGGAACCACAGGAGAGAGGCCCUCGUCCCAGUGUUUAAGGAGGGAGGUCAGCAGGCCAUGCAGGCGGCAGCGGAGGAGCUGGCGCUCACGCUGCGGGCACUCACCCGCAAUCUGAAAUCGUACUCGGCCUGGCACCACCGCAAGUGGGUGAUCGGGCACCGGCUGACGUCACUGGAGGCUGAAAUCACGCUGGUGGAGACGCUCCUGGAUGCAGACGACAGAAACUUUCAUGGCUGGGCAUAUCGGCGCUUUGUGGCCGAUUUGAUGGGCAUGCCGGUGCAGAGGGAGCUGGAGUACACCACAAGGAAGAUCCAGCACAACUUUUCAAACUACUCUGCGUGGCACUACCGCUCCAAACUUCUCCCCUUGCUGCACUCUGAGCCAGGUGUGCCUGCUGCUGCCGACGACAGUCCCUCUGCAGCCGCAGAACGCCAGGCCAUGAUCAGCAGCAGCCGCGCAGGAGCCACAGGUGCCCUGGUGCUCCACCAGACGCUGGAGAUCGAGUAUGAGCUGGUCAGCCAGGCGUUCUUCACUGAGCCCGAGGACCAGAGCGGCUGGAUCUACCAUCGGUGGCUGCUGGGGUGCUCCGUGGCGCACUGGCAGGCCGCCCCCGAGUCUGAAGCGGAGCGCGCCAGGCUGGCAGAUGUGCUGGGGUGCCAGCUGGCGCUCGUGAGUGACCUCCUGGACCUGGAGCCCGGCAGCGUGUGGGCGAGGAAGACCCGGGCCCACCUCCUGGGCUUGAUGCAGAGGGUGGGAGGGGCGGCGGGGGGCAGCGCCGGGCGAGGGAGUGGGGGCGAGGCCGCGGACUGCGUGGCGGCCGCGGCGGCGUGGGAGGAUCUGGAAGGGUUGGACCCAUACCGAGCCGGAUACUACAGGCACGCUUGCAGCGUCUCUGCACGUGCUUCUGUGUGA